CUCUUCUCGCCCUCCUCCUGCUCCAGGAAGAAAAACAAUUUGUUGAAGCGGGAGAACAUCCAUCCAGCGGCUCGCUGGGUCAGAGGACGCGCGUGAACUCAAGCCUAAAAUGAAACUAGGUUUUUAUUCUUUAACGUUUCCGUCCUGAGCGGCUUCGUGAAGGAGCUGCGCUGCAGGAGGCAGGAGGAUGAAAUCUGCCCAAAGCGCAUCAACGUGCCGGAGCACGCGGACCUCCGCGGACUGAACUCCGGGUCUCCAGCUGGGAGGGGGGCUUUAUCUGACCGGGGAGCAGCUGCACUCUGGAGGUUUCCAGAAUCAAAGUUGAUGACAGAACAAGUUGCUCGGAGGUCGGAUAUUUUUGGACAGACUCUCUGAGCGCGCGCCUCUCAGGUUUUAUCUGUUUAUUUUAGUGUUUUUUUUUCUUUAUUAUUAUUAUUUGACUUCUUCUGCUGGAUUUCAAUCCUGACCUCGUGUCUUUUGGACAUCUGCGCCACUUUCCCAGYCCUGAUUCCUGCCCUCCUCCCAGUCCGGAGAGGAUGAGGUGUCUCUGGGUGAAGCAUGAGCCGUCAGAGGACCGGUCAUAAGCGGCUGUCUCUGCUAUGGGAGGGGGUGGCUCUGAGUCUGUGGCUCUGCUGCAGCUGGACCUCCGGGGCGGCCGGACCGGGCGCCGGGUCGCUGGAGUGGCUGCUGUCCGAUAAAGGGCCCUUCCACCGGUCCCUGGAGUUCCAGGAGGCCCUGGAGAGGUACCAGCAGGGCUUCAGCACCCGCUAUAAGAUCUACAGGGAGUUUGGUCGAUGGAAGGUCAACAGCCUGGUGGUGGAGAAGCGAGACGGUUUUGGGGGCAGUGGCGGCUUGGCUCUGCCCCUUGACCCGGACUUCAUGCACACUGUCCGCCUGCUGGGGAGAAGGCCGACCCUCCACAUGAUUACAGAGAGCCUAAUCAAGAAAUACGGCACCCACCUCCUUCUAUCCGCCACUCUGGGAGGGGAGGAGUCUCUGACAAUAUUUGUGGACAAAAGGAAGCUCAGCCUGGAGUCUUCUCCGCCAGGGGCCGAGGGCAGCAGCAGGAACUCGACGACAGGCGCAGUGACUUUGGAAGCCCUCCACCAGCUGGCUGCUUCCUACUUCACAGACCGAGAGGGCACCCUGCGCCGGCUGCACCACCUCCAGAUUGCAUCCACCGCCAUACGGGUGACUGAAACAAGAACUGGGCCUCUUGGGUGCAGCAACUAUGACAAUCUGGACACCGUCAGCUCUGUUUUAGUGCACAGUCCUGAAAAUAAGGUUCAACUACAAGGGCUGCAGGUAAUCCUUCCAGGUUAUUUACGAAGUCGCUUCAUUCAGGCAGCGCUGGACUACAUCGGCUGUAAAUCUGAGGGCCGGUUUGUGUGCCGGAACAAUGACUGCUGGUGUGAGUGUGGACCACACUUCCCACACUGUAACUGUCCUCACUCUGACCUGGACACUCUGGAGACCAGCCUGCUGCACGUCAGAGAAGCCUUAAGGCUGACAAACCUGGAGUUUGAGGAAUCCGAGGAGCUCCAAAGCUUUGUUGGGAAACUGCCGGCCCAUUACGCUGUGAACACAUCUGUGGUGGAGCACUUGUGGAGGGCGGAUGCUGGCCUGCUCCAGCGCUACAGGCAGCUGGAGACCAGCAGCACGCAGCUUUUCGCCAAAGCUCGCCGUGCAACUAACAAGCUCUUCAGCCUKAGCAAGAGGUGCCGAAAGCAGCCGAAGAUUAUCCUGCCGAGGCCGAGGCCCCUGCACUUCUGGCUGAGCCACGCUCUCUCCAUGUUGUACUGCAGAGAGAACAAGCAGGUGGGUGUUUACAGCGACAGGAGCCGCAGCUGCUCCUGCCCCUACGAUCACCCGCCCUGCCAGGGCCUCAUCCCCUGCUCCGUGGGGGACGGUCCCCGCUGUGCCUCCUGCUCUGCAGAAAACAAGACUCGAUGCUCCAGCUGCAACCCGAGCUUCAGUCUGAUUCAAGGCGCCUGCCGGCCCGCCGUGCCCGACCCGACYGACCCUUACCUCGGAAUAGAAAGUGACAGGGACCUGCAGGAUCUGGAGCUGCGCUUCCUGCUGCAGCGGCGGGACCCUCGCAUCACCCUCCACGCCGUGUUUGUGAGCAACGACGUGAGCAUCAACACCUGGUUCGACCCCUCCUGGAGGAAGAGGAUGCUGCUCACCCUCAAAAGCAACCGGGUCAAGUCCAACCGGGUCCACGUGCUCCUUGGACUCACUUUGCAGUUCUGCAUCAGCAAAAACAGCAGCGUGGAGCCAACGCUGUCACUGUUUGUCAACCCGUUCGGUGGCAGCCACUCUGAGAGCUGGACCAUGCCCAUAGGUCAGUCUGGAUAUCCUGACUGGGAGCAGACCAAGCUGGAUAUCCCCCUGGACUGCUACAACUGGACGUUGACUCUGGGAAACAGGUGGAAAACCUUUUUUGAGACAAUUCAUUUCUACCUGAGGAGUCACACGCGGGACUCUUCGGGAGUGUCCACCAGGAACGUGACUCUGUACCGCGAGCCUCCCGAGGACGCGGAGACGCCCAACUACACUGGCUACAUGAAAGUGAACAGCAUGCAGCUGUUCGGGUACAGCGUGCACUUCGACCCCGAAGCAAUCCAGGACCUGAUCCUGCAGAUAGACUACCCGUACACUCAGGGAUCUCAGGACUCCGCCCUGCUGCAGCUGGUUGAGCUGCGCCACAGGGUGAACCGCCUCUCGCCUCCGGGGGCUCCGCACGCGGACCUGUUCGCCUGUCUGCUCCGCCACAGGCUCAAACUGUCCAGCGCCGACGUGACCAGGAUACUCACUGCCCUGCAAGCUUUCAGUGCCAAACAUCCAAACCACACAGAGUACGAGGCCACCAAGCUGUGUGUUUAAAAGUGACGCUUUCUACUUUCCUCUGUUGCCACAGACAGGCAUGAUGUGUUGGUCAGCUGCACCUUAUUGUGUCACGUGGUUGAUAUGUGGUUUAUGUGUGCUGUACAUGCACAGUGUACAAUUAAAUUUAAUGUGUUUUUAGUA